AAACCAGUGAAGAGGCUUUUACUACAGCAGUUUACUGUACCUGCCUCCUUCCCGUCUCAGCAAAUUUCUUGUAGAGCAGACUGCCCAUAUUAUGCUAAAGCAGAACUUCUGGCAGACUAUUUACACAAGAAUCUUCCUGAUUUCCAGAUACAUAAAAUUAUGCAACAUCCUGAUGUUUGGGAGGAUUGGCUGAAAGAUUUGUGUGAAAAGAAUAAAUGGAAUCACAAAAAGUCCCCCAUCAUCUGGAGAGAGCUGUUGGAUCGUGGAGGAAAGGGUUUGCUUUUGGGAGGAUACAAUGAGUUCUUGGAGCAUGCCCAGCUGUACUAUAGUGUCACCUCUAGCAUGACAACUGAGCUGAUGAAGCUAAUUGCUAAAGAGAACCUUCAAACGCAUAAAGAACUAGAGCUAGAGAAAGAAGAAGCUCUGCAAUGUCACGUCAACCCCUUGCAGGUCUGGAUCACCAGUGCAUCUACCCCUGCCUGCUACAACCUAAUUCCCAUCUUAAUAAGCGGUGAAGUGUUUGGAACGAAUACGGAAAUUAGCAUUACUCUAUUUGACAAUAAGCAGGCAGAAGAAGAUCUCAAAAUCCUUAUGACAGAGAUGAGGAACCUGGUGUCACCCCUCCUCCAAAGUGUCUCCAUCUGCACCCAAGUGGAAGAUGCCUUCCACCAGGCCCACGUGAUCAUCGUUCUGGAAGACAGUAUUGACAAAGAGAUGUAUUCUUUAGAAGACUACAUCCGACACAAGGUUCCACUGUGCAGGCUCUAUGGAUAUCUGAUUGAGAAAAAUGCUCAUGAGUCUGUAAAAGUUAUUGUAGGAGGAAAGUCCUUUGUGAAUCUUAAGGCUGUUUUGCUUAUAAGAUAUGCCCCCACCUUGGCACACAACAUUGUCGCUGUGGCACUGGGGGUGGAAGGCGAAGCCAAAGCUGUGUUGGCCAGAAAACUAAAAACAGCACCCUCAUGCAUCAAAGAUGUGAUAAUUUGGGGUAAUAUUAGUGGAAAUAACUACAUUGAUCUGAGAAAAGCCAGGAUUUACAGACAUGAAAGUGCUAUUUGGGGACCUCCCCACUAUUCACGCCCUAUUUUAAGCUUGAUUUUUGAUAGUGAAUGGAUAAAAAAGGAAUUUGUGGAAAAACUGAAAAAAUUGACCAGCACAGGGAGAGAGUUUGGAGGCAUCUUAGCUGCGCAUAGCAUAAGUACUACGUUGAAAUAUUGGUACCAUGGCUCACCGCCUGGGGAGAUUGUGUCAUUAGGAGUCUUGAGUGAAGGUCAGUUUGGUAUUCCUGAAGGGAUCGUCUUUUCUAUGCCUGUGAAAUUUGAGAAUGAAAGCUGGGUGGUUCUUACGGAUCUUGAAGAUAUUAACAUAAGUGAACAAAAAAUGACUGGAAUGACAAGUGACCUAAUUCAGGAGAAACUCAUUGCACUUGGAGAGGUGAUAAGUUUUCAUGCAUUUCAAACAGAAAGUGAUGAAAAAGAAGAAAGUAACACCACACUCAGCACAAUUGAUAACCAAGAAGAUCAAAGAGUCUCAGCUGAAUCUGGAGGGAAAACUGUUGAACAAUAACAGAUUGAAUUAUACCAACUAUAAAGUCACUUGGUAGUGCAAUAUAGAAUGACCCAUGCAUGUCUCUAUUUAGAAAAGAAAAACUUGAAAGAUUUACUUCCAUCUUAAUUAAUAUUAUGCUCGACUACUAAAUAGCAAUGACAGCCUAUACAUAAAUGUCAUUCAGUCAUUUAAUGUUACCUAUAUUCACUCAUGUGAUUAUGUCUUUUCUCAUAAAU